AUGUGGAGACGAUUAAGCCAGAACUGUUUUCAACGCUUGAAGAACGACUGCCAUAGGAGGCAGCAGCUGGUUGUUCAGAAUAGUAGAUGGUUUACACAGCAAGUGACCGAGACAACAGCGACACCGAAAGCGACCAUAAAAGAGACGUACACACCCAGGAAACGCAAGUUUAACGUGAGUACAGCUUUAUUGUGUACUAUUCCUUUUGUCACAUUUUAUCUUGGUUGCUGGCAAGUACAAAGACUUCGGUGGAAAGUCAAUUUGAUUCGAACGUUGGAAGAUCGAUUAUAUCAAGCGCCCAUUCCUUUACCCAAACGUAUAAGCCCCGAUACUUUAGAGGACUAUGAAUAUCGUAAAGUGUAUAUGAAAGGUCGAUAUAGACACGACCAAGAGUUUUUCUUGGGACCACGAACAAGAGGCGACGGUAAUGUGGGCUACUUUAUCAUUACGCCUUUUGAAAGAGAUAAUGGCACAACCGUGUUGGUGAAGAGAGGAUGGGUUUCGCCCGAUAAAAGAGACCCGUCGACGAGACCUGAUAGUUUAGUAACGGAUGAAGUAGAAGUGAUCGGCUUGAUACGUACAAAUGAAGAGAAAAAUAAAUUUACACCAGAGAAUGAUAUUGAAGGAAACCAGUGGUAUUGGGCCGAUGUAGAAACGAUAGCCAAGUUGACGAAUGCACAACCUAUCAUGAUAGAACGUGUCUCAGAUGUCAAGCCUUCCAGAGAGUAUUCAUUGAUUGAAAGAGGGAUUCCAGUGGGUAGAGCGCCUACGGUUGAAGUACGAAAUAACCAUCUGAAUUAUCUUAUUACGUGGUACUCGCUUUCUUUCGCUACGAGUAUCAUGUUGUGGCGCGUUUUGAGGAGGCCUCCUGCAAGACCACAAAAGAUAAAGCGCUUGUAA